AUGGGUCUCCGUUCUGCCGCGAUGGCAUGUCAACGCUCCACGUCCGCAGUCUCUUGGAUUCUCAACCGGCGCGGACUUAGUACAUUUAAUUAUCUCGAUGACUUUAUUGGUGUUUCCCCUUUGCCUUUGGCAACGUCUCAUUUCAAUGAGGUUGGCGUCUUGCUGCAUCAUCUUGGAUUAGAGGAAUCUGUUGAUAAAUCAUCUCCUCCGUCUUCAGUAAUGACUUGUUUGGGUGUCCAACUCAAUACUCUUGACUUUACCUUAUCUGUCGACUCUGACCGUUUAGCCGCAAUUGAAAGCUUGUUACGACCAUGGUAA